AUGGGUCAGACUCUGUCAGAGCCAGUAGUUGAUAAGACUUCGUCCGAAGGUGAAGAUGAUUGCUGUAUCUACGGCGUCUCAGCCAUGCAAGGCUGGCGAAUCAGCAUGGAGGAUGCCCAUGCUGCUAUCCUCGAUCUCCACGCGAAAUACACGAAUCCUCAAGGAACACCUACAGAUCCGGCCAACCGCCUAGCUUUCUUUGGGGUAUAUGAUGGACAUGGUGGAGACAAAGUUGCACUAUUUGCCGGAGAAAAUGUGCACAAGAUCGUCGCAAAGCAGGAUUCCUUCGCUAAGGGCGAUAUCGAACAGGCACUGAAGGACGGCUUCUUGGCCACCGAUCGGGCUAUCUUGGAAGACCCGAAAUAUGAAGAGGAAGUCUCCGGCUGCACGGCAGCUGUCAGUAUCAUCUCGAAACAUAAAAUCUGGGUGGCCAAUGCAGGUGAUUCUCGCUCGGUGCUCGGAGUCAAGGGCCGCGCAAAGCCCCUCUCUUUCGAUCACAAACCACAGAACGAAGGCGAGAAGGCUCGUAUUAGCGCCGCAGGUGGCUUUGUCGAUUUCGGCCGUGUCAACGGGAACUUGGCGCUGUCGCGCGCCAUUGGUGAUUUUGAGUUUAAGAAGAGCCCGGAGCUGGCGCCCGAACAACAAAUUGUGACUGCUUAUCCGGAUGUGACGGUCCAUGAGCUCAGUGAUGACGAUGAAUUCUUGGUCAUAGCCUGUGAUGGUAUCUGGGACUGCCAGUCUUCCCAGGCUGUUGUUGAGUUUGUCCGUCGCGGUAUUGCCGCGAAGCAAGAGCUUUACCGGAUCUGUGAGAACAUGAUGGACAACUGCUUGGCUUCCAACAGCGAAACAGGUGGGGUUGGAUGUGACAACAUGACCAUGACCAUCAUCGGUCUCCUAAACGGCAGGACCAAAGAGGAGUGGUAUAAUCAGAUAGCUGAGCGGGUAGCCAAAGGCGACGGCCCUUGCGCUCCUCCCGAAUACGCUGAAUUCCGCGGCCCUGGUAUCCGUAAUCAGUUUGAAGAGAACCCAGAUGACUACGAUAUGGAGAAUGAUCGCGCUCGUGGCUUUAGCGUCCGUUCCGGCCGUAUUAUUCUUCUAGGAGACGGUACCGAACUGGUCCCUGAUCAAAACGACGAGGAGCUCUUUGACCAAACCGAGGAAGACCGGGAUUUGCCUAGUCAAGUGCAACGCGAAUCGCCUGAUGCUGCCAGGAAUGAACGUGAAGGAACUCCGGGACCCCAAUCUAAAACUGACGCGGCCUCCAAGUCGGAAGAAGGAUUGUCUGGUAGUUCAUCCGAGUCAACUUCUACCUCCGAAACCCCGGAAAAUCCUACAUCGUAG